AUGAAAUUUGUCCCUGGAUCUCAUGUUCGACUGUCAAACUCUCUUUAUAAACCGAGCACAUGGCUACAAUCGUCCCAUCCUUAUACAGUUGCUUCACUACCUGAGGAGCCAAUUCUUCAGUUAGUGGUGCGUAAAUCUCGAUAUCCAAUCAAGUUACGACAAACAUACUCAAUGCUGGGAAUAUUCAGAUCUGUUUCGACGCAGUUUAUGGAUGAUGCUCGUACCGGUGGUAUACGUAGAGCUUUGUUUAUUGUUGGUGGAUCAGGAAUAGCAUUUGCAGCUCCAGUAUUUAGAUAUCUUGAAAGUCUAGGUGUAGAAGUUAAACUUCUAUGGGCAAUUCGAGAUCCCCAGGAUGCAAAUGUGUUGAAAUCAAUUAAAUUGCAUGAUGCUGUGCUUGAUGGCAGAGUGGAGAUCUAUUUUACCAGAGAAAGCCGAUUAAAACGUCGUUUGAGCACUGCUUCUUUAUUAGAAGCUCAAAUUUAUAAGGAGCUGAACGACGAUGAAUAUCUAGAUAUCGCAGUCGACGAUCUGUGCUGCAUGGAUACUCCUCAGGUUGAACUCGACGAAGAGAGACAGUAUGACCAACAUGGUUAUGAUGAUUACGACAACAAUGAUGAAGAAAAUAACGAAAGUGGUCACUAUGAAGCAGUCGAUCAUGACCAUAAAUCAUCCGCAUCUGCUAGUGAUGGCAGUGAAAGUACAUUAAGUGGAGGUGAAGCAUCAGAAAUGCCUGAUGGUUUACCAUCUAGCGGAUCGAAUGAAACAGAUCCCCUGUUGCUUAGCCGACCAAAAUUUAUAAAAUACUCAUCUGAGCAUGUGAUAGACCCUAUUCACCAUCCUCGACAUCCUCCAUCUAAUCGUUCUAAACCACGAUAUAUUGAUAUCAGAGACGAAUACUCAUAUGCAAUGUUCAACAGCCGACCAGUUCUUAAUAUUCGACUACAGGCUUGGUUGUGCGGUAUAUCCAUAGAUGCUGAUGAUUGCUGCUGUGUGGACCAACUUCUCCAGGUCAGCCAAGAAAACAGACGAGGUGGAUGGGUAAUAUCAGCCGGAUCUCACAAACUAGUCCAUGAUAGCCAGCAGUGGGCAGAAUCAAAAGGCUUCAAAUUCUAUCAAGAAGAAUUUAAUUUGUAA